CUUAAGAAAACAGCCUGGGAGUGCCAUCAAGAUCUAAAAGCAAGUUCUGUUGUUAGUUUGUCCGUGGCUUCACUAUCUCAUGCAAGCACAGUUUAUUCACUGUGGUGGGCUGGGUAGGAUGACCCACAGGAAAUAACGGUGACUACACAGAGUCGAAGAUGAUUGCCCAAUUACUCUUCGGAUCAGAUCAGACUCCUCAGUGGAAAUGGUGUUACGGAAUGAUGGCCCGGAGGAGCUCGCGCCUCCCACUUCGUGCAGUUCUAGAGGGAUGCAAAGCACUAAAGACUAUGUUGAUACACCCAAAGGAACAACUGGAGGGUUUGGCCCAAAUCCUCUCCAGAAAGACAACAUCAUCCAAGUACACCAGACAGACAACCUGAAGAUCUUCUUGAAGGGGGAGCCCCAAAUACUGGGGGUGACUCAGAUCCUGAUUGGUCUGAUGAAAGUGUGCCUGUUUGUUAUAGGUCUGUGUUUUUAUUCUUCUGACUUUCCCUACUGGUGUUAUCCUCUUACCAUGGUCUCAGGAUAUCCUGUAUGGGGAUCCUUAUUUGUGAGUAUGUUGGAAUAUCUCAGCUUCCUCCGCGGUAGAAUUCACAAACAUUCCUUCCAGCCUUCCCUCUUACAAACCAAUGAUGUGACCUGGGAUUUUACUUCUUCGAGCAAAUUCUUCUUAUCUGGAGCUGUGUCUAUUGCAGCUGGAAGAAAAAUGACAUUGAACCUGAUCAAAGGCAGCCUGGGAGUGAACUUGCUCAGUGCUGUUGCAGGAGUGAUAGGGAUAAUCGUGUUAAUAAUAGAACUGACUGUCCUAUUUGCACCGGAGAAAAAGUGUCUUAUUCUUAGGAUGUUUGAGAUUGUGAUAUUAGUCCUCUCCCUGCUGGAAGUCAGCAUCGCUAUCUCUCUCUCUGUAUUUGGGUGCAAGGUGACCUGCUUUGUCACUCAGGUGGUGAUUAUCCAGUCAACCAAUGACAAGGUGUCUUCAGCAAUAGCCCCCCAUGAACAUAUUUAUGAGGAGCUGGAGUUUGAAUAGAAUAAUUCCUGCUUUUGAAAAUAUUAUUCAUUGUGUAUCUCUUUGCCUGCCAGGAAGUGUUCUCAUCUGUGCACAGGAGCAUAGUUAUUACACAACCAAAUAAAGUGCAUUUUCU